AAUUCAACCCUUGGAGAGAAAACAAGGGAUAUUUUUCAAUGAAUGCGACAAAGCAACUUACUCAAAAGCACUAAUAACAGUUAUUAGUCCAUGAGCAGCCUCUGGAGAUGACCAGCUCGCUGUAUUUAAUCUCGUUAAAUGAAGGGGCGGGCUGUAGUUGUAGUUCCUCCUCACAUCCUGCGCUGACCCCCCGAUACCCCCACCGACUGAUCAAGCGCCUGCGGAGCAACAAGCCUCGCUGCCGGUGAAAAGACCUUUAUCUGCUGUUAAGGAGAGAUGGGCAGCUUGUAUAAGGAUGAGCAGGGCGACUGGAUCACGGUGUGUCUCAAGUACCUCCUCUUCGUCUUCAACUUCCUGUUUUGGAUGGGCGGCGGGGUGGUGAUGGGUGUCGGGGUCUGGACGCUGGUCGAUAAAGGAGAGUACCUGAGCCUGCUGGCCUCUAGUACAUUCGCUGUGUCCGCCUACAUCCUGAUCCUGGCAGGAGGGCUGGUGAUGGUCACUGGGUUCUUGGGCUGCUGUGCCGUCAUACGUGAGCAGAAGAGCUGUCUGUCCACGUACUUCUCCUGUCUGCUUCUGAUCUUCCUAAUUGAGUUGGUGGCUGGUGUUCUGGCCUACGUUUAUUACCAGGCGCUGAGUGAAGAGCUGAAGCAGCACUUGAGCAAGACGAUGACGGAGAACUAUGCCCAACCUGGAAAAGAGAGCAUCACUCAGUCUGUGGACAGACUACAGCAGGAUUUCAAGUGCUGUGGGAGCAACAACUCAUUUGAUUGGACACACAGUGUGUACAUCAUGUCCCAGCAAGCGGAGAAGCGGUUGGUCCCUGACAGCUGCUGUAAGACCAUCACUCCUCAGUGUGGAAUGAGAGACCACCCCUCGAACAUCUACAAGGUGGAGGGCGGCUGUAUCACUAAACUGGAGCAGUUUCUGGCAGAUCACUUGCUCAUUAUUGGUGCUGUGGGAAUAGGCGUGGCCUGUCUACAGCUGGUAGGAGCAGUGCUGACUGCCUGCUUUAUUUAUCUGCUUUAUAAAGAAGAGGAAGAAGACUUUUCUGAUGUUUGAUUGGCUAGUGCCAAUGUUUGACUCCUGAAGCGCUAUGCAAUGAGAAGAUUUGUGGAAUGGUGUUCACCUGUUGCCUGCAUAGGCGAAUUAAACUGGACCCGUAUUGACCGCUCGGAAAUGUUAUAUGCCUUUAUUACACUAUAAACACACACAUCCAUGGCCUUACUACUGUGUCCAUUUUAAACUGCAUGACCAAAUGCAUUUGCAUUCAUAUAAGGGCUUUAUUAUCUUUUAUUUGCCACAUUUUUAAGACAAAUGUUGCUAGUGGCAUUGCCUCCUUAUGAUCCUAAUAUAUGGAUGUGGGAUAUUGCCCUGUAGUCAUUUCGAUCUCAAGGAAUAAAAAUAAAUAUUUUUUACUUUGAGUAAAUUAUAAUAUUUCAAAAUAUUUGUAUUAACCACAUAUUCACUUUAAAUAGCUAGGUUAUGUGCUGUUAGAUCUCAAGCAGGUGUGGGAACCUGCUUGUAGGCACAAAAUGCAACAGAACAACAUUAAAACCAAUCCAAUAAUCAUUAACAAAUUAAAAAAAAAAAAAAAAAAAAAAAAAAUAUAUAUAUAUAUAUAUAUAUAUAUAUAUAUAUAUAUAUAUAUAUAUAUAUAUAUAUAUAUAUAUACUUUAACAUUGCAAUAAACAGGUGUCUUUUAAAUUCUGCCAAUUGUCACACUUCAUGUUAAAUAUCAUUCACAAAAAAUUUAAAUAAUAAUAAAGCUGCUGUUUGAGUCUUAAUGAUUUUUCUAAUAAUGGCAGAAUAUUAUGCUUUUUUUGAAGGAGAUUUUACUCCAAGGAUGAACUCCAAUUUAGGGCCAUGUCAUGAAACGUUCAGCUGAUUGAAGGAAAAGAAUGAGCACCAUUCCAUUGCAUUGCAACACAAGUCACAGCUGCAAAAUCUUAAUGUAGUUGCCACAGCAACAUCAGCCUUAUUGAAAUUCAAUGUAAUUUGGGUGAAAAAUGGUUAGAAAAAGAUUUAAUGUAACAUUCUUGUUUUCUGUUGUAAUGAUUACCGUCUGUAAUCCAAUUGCUUUAUGCUUACGACAGAUUAUGCAUAUUUUAAAAACAUUGUCAGUAAAAACAUCUCUCAUGAACUGCACGUUAAGUCUGUAGGUUUUGAUUUAAAAUAUGCAUUUAAUCAUCCCAGUAGUUGAUAUAAUAGAUGUAAUCUUUCAUUUGAAAACUGUUAUGUAUUUGUAGAUGGAAAUGUGUAUGUAUUUUCAUUAAGAAUUCACUUGAUUAAUUCUUUGCCUUAAGACUGUUGCAAAUUUUUGUGGGCAGUAGAGAUUUAUCUGAAACAGCUGUAUGUUUUCAAAAAAAUCUAUUUCUAAUAAACUUAUUUUGUUGACGUA